AUGGUAAUGGAUAAAGAAAAUCACUCUGCUAUAAAUGAGUUCAUUCUUCUGGGAAUCACAGAUCAUCCACAAAUGCAGCUCCCUCUUUUUGUGGUGUUCCUAUUUGUUUACGUUAUCACUGUAAUAUGUAAUCUUGGAAUGAUUGUGUUAAUCUGUGCUGAAUCAGAGCUUCACAACCCCAUGUAUUUUUUCUUGGGUAAUUUAUCUUUCAUUGAUCUUUGCUACUCCUCAGUCAUUACCCCCAAAAUGUUGGCUGAUUUAUUUGCUGAAAGUAAAAAGAUUUCAUACAAUGCUUGUGCUGUACAGCUAUAUUUAUUUAGCUUCUUUGCAGAUAUGGAGGGCAUUUUGCUAGCUGUGAUGGCCUAUGACCGCUAUGUGGCUAUCUGCAAUCCAUUGCUUUAUACAGUAAUUAUGUCCAAGAAGGUCUGCAGACAUCUAAUGAUUGCAGCAUACAUUAUAGGCACAGUGGAUGCAAUUGUACAUACCACAUCUACAUUCCAACUAAUAUUCUGCGAUUCUAAUGUCAUCAAUCAUUUUUUCUGUGAUGUGCCACCUCUACUAGAGCUCUCCUGCUCUGACACCUCUAUCAAUGAGAUUGUAAUGUUCAUCUUUAUUGGUUAUAUUGAAGCAGGAAGCAUUGGAAUGACUCUUGUUUCCUAUGUUUACAUCUUGAACACAAUCAUGAGAAUGCAUUCUGCUGAAAGUAGGCGUAAAGCCUUUUCCACCUGUGCCUCUCACCUGACUGUUGUUGGGAUAUACCAUGGGACAGUACUUUUCAUGUAUUUUCGGCCCAGCUCCAGCUACUCAAUGGAACAAGACAAAUGGGCCUCAGUGUUCUAUAUAGUAAUAAUCCCCAUGCUCAACCCUCUGAUCUACAGUCUCAGGAAUAAAGAUGUGAAGCAGGCUCUGACAAAAGCACUUGGUAACAUAGGGCUUUUGAAAAGGAAUGAUAUUGCUUCAAAAUAG